CCCCCCUCACUCUCCCUUUCUCCUUUAUGGUCCAGUCACCUUUCAUUUCUCCCAAAUUAAAACAUCUCCAUUCUUCAAUAUUCUCUUAGGAUUUUCGAAACAUGGAUAGAAGAUAAGGGAAAGUAACCUUCACGAAUUACAAAUUUCUAGAUAAGUUGCGAGGAGUGCCAACUGCCAAGAAAGGAGAAUAUUAUAAUGGAAAAGAAAGAUGAUGAUGGUGGUGUUGGUGCGGGAAGGAUUGGUGGUAUCGGUGCAGGUGGCGGAAAAGGUAAGGGCAAGAACGUUCCAAAUGAACGCAAAGCUGAAGCAGAAGCUCGCCGGAAAGCCCAACAAGAUUGUCCACAAGUUAAUGAACAUCCACCACGGGAUUUUGGUGACGGCAGUUACCUUAUCAAAGAUUGGAGUCACUCACACAGAGCUUUACUUAGUAUAAUUGUCAAACAAGUACAAGCUAUCUGUUGGGCUCUAGUUUUGGGAAAAAUACUAGAGUUCACCUACAAUAAGAACCGUCCCAUUGCUCAACACAAAUUUCUGGAUAUAGAUAGUUUUGCUGAAAAGGUCAAAUUGAAACCAGGUGAGCUUAUCGCUCAGAAGAAGUUGGAUACCGAUGAUAUGGCUGUUGGUUCUCUGAGGAACGCAAUGGACCAUAUCUUCCUUAAAGGAAUCGAAAAAAUUGAUGGAAGAAAGAAGGGUGGAGCAGGUAAGGCCUAUGCCAUUAAAGGUAGGUUUGUUGGUGUACAAAAUUCAACUGCCGAAGAUAUAGUCAGGAAGGUGGACAUAGGUCUUGUAGGUUUAACAGUUGAUAUAGAUGAGGGUCUUAGGACACUUAAGAAGGGAAUCUACAGGGUACCUAAGCCACAAGUUGGAGCACUCAAACAUGCACUUACAAUUGUUGGGUAUGGGAUGACUAAAGAGGAUGAGUUGUUUUUUCUUGUGCAAAACACAUGGGGGACUGGUUGGGGAGAUGGUGGCUACGGCAGGAUGAUAAUUACAGAUACUUGUGAUAUGUUCUACCUAGCUGAAGUGAUUAACGACAAAAAGAAGAAGGAAGAGGCUCUAGCUUAAUUGUUUAGAAAACUUUGAAACUUAAAGACAAUAGACUAUGUCUGGUCAUAUUCCCCUUUCUUAAAUCAAGUAGUGUCUUUUUGGAACAUAUUUGCAGUGAUGCUCAUGUUGAAACUGGUUUCAGUAACAAACUCUUGAUGAUCCAAAUGGAAUUGAAAAUGCUGAUAG